AAAGCAACACCAUAUCUUAGAAAAACGAAGCAAGUACGAUCCGAUCGAACUAAAUACCAAAUAGAGACAUGGGCAUGUAAGAUCCGAAUGACAGAAUCAUAAUGCCAACUUGUCAGAUAGAGACAUGGGUACGCAACAAGCCAAGAUGUAAUUUUGCCUCAAUACUGUCACAACAUCGAGUUUUAAAUGCAACAAUUCAUUUCUCAGAACUAAGUAUGUAUGAAUGUGCAAACAUAAGAUGCACGAAUGGUCAUGAAACAAUGCAAAAUGGGACGCCAGAGGGAAGCAUGUGAAUCACAGAAGCAUAUAUAUAAAUCGCAAGAGAUUUGAUGUACAGAACCACAAUGCGGUUUUUGCCCUAAUUCUGUUCCAUAGAAAUCAUAAGUAUUACAAACCGCUACAUUCUAAAGUUAAGAUGGUACGAUGAUCUGAAUGAAAUCAAUGUUUUGAAGAAAACGUUAAAGUUCUGGUAUGUACUCAUUUGAAAUAAAAAUUCACAAAAUGAUCCUUUUCUGAUUAUUGCAAGGUUUUCAAUUUCAAUCAUUGUAGUAGUUUUUUCUCUCUUUGAUUCAGUUAACAUUUUUGUUUACUUUCAGAAACUAGUUCGACAAUGACAACAUCUUCAACUUCAAUGCCAAUGUCUGAACUAUCUACAAGUGAUGGAGACUCAAAACCAGAUAAGACAACUUUAUCUUCAAACAUUUCAAGUGGCAAUUGGUCUGGUACAGAUAACAAUGAAGAAGAGAUGCAGUACAAAGGUUCUGACGUCGGUGCCAUCAUUGGUUCCUCUGUUGCAUCUGUCCUGGUAGUAACUGCUGCUGUUGCUGUCAUUGUAAUCAUUUUGAAAAGACGACAAAGUGAACAUCAGACAAAAAUGGGUAACUUAUCAGAACAAACCAAUUAUAUUACACCUAUUUCGACUGAAGCAGACGAUAGAAUCUAUAUAAACGUGAGAGAAAAAGAUACAGGAGAAACAAACGACAGCUACGAAAUACCAAAUCCACAACGAAAUGUGUACGAAUCUUUACAUGGCAGACCUAAUGAAGAUCAUUUCUAUGAAACAACGAAUUCCAGUCUUAAAUAAUAGAGAUUAGAGAGUGACACAUCUAACUGUGAUAUACUGAACAAACCUUAAAAGAAGGGUAUGAGGAACUGUCAGACAGAAACGGACAUACGAAUGCUCAAACCAAAACAUAUUCCUGCAACAAUGGACUAUAUUAAAAGGUGUACUCAGUUAUAGUUACUUAGCUAAUCAGCGCUUAUUUGUUUUGGGUUUAACGCCGUUUCUUUCAACACUUUUACAAUUAUGUAACGGCGGCGGUUAACCUAACCAAUUUGCCUGGAUUAUGCAGAGGAUACGCCUCUACAAGAAAGAGUUUCUUUUCGUCGAUAAUGUUUCGAUUAGUUUUCUUUGGGCGAAUGUGGACACCACCUUGCAACGGUCGUUGGAAAACAGUUUCUAUGAAAUGUUAUUGCUGUUAUUAAAUCUAGGUCUGUUAUGAACAAUGUACAUCAUUUCUUAUAUGAUUGACUUUGUCUUAAAAAUGUUACCUUUUGAACUUAAUACCGUAUGUAAAUCUCAACUGAAAGAAAUGAUACGACAAAUUUAGUAGUUUCUUUUACCUUUCGUGCCCUCGAACAGAAUACACAGAAUUGCAGAAUUAUUCUUUAACCUUUACCCUGCUAAAUUUCUAAAAUGUGCUGGUCCAUCAUUCAAUUGGGCAGUACCAUUUAUUGUUCAAAGGGUGUUCCUCUACUGACUGAAUAGCGAACAGUG